GCUCUAUCUCUUAUAAGCCUCUUGGAAUUUUCCCAAGAUUUCAUUCUAGCAAAGCAUCAUUCGACCUGUCCCAGGCCAGGGCACACACUCCCAUGUUCUGGCUGUGCUGAGCUGAUCAUCUUCUUCGGGUAAAGGAAAAGAUCAAGUCGUAGACUGUGUCGAUUUACAGAACAUAAGUCAAAGAUUGAGAUUUUCUGAUACAAGCAAAUCUAGAGAACCUUUACUAUGUAUGGUUACCAGUGCCCAAGAAGCCCCAGUGAUUUCUGGACAGAAUUGCAAAGUGACAGUCAAGGAGAGAGCAGCUUGGCUACCACACAAAUGAAUCCACCCAAACGUCGCCGAGUGGAGCAGGGUCCCAGGACAGGUGCAAAAACACCCUCAAUUCCAGGAGCUCCACACCAGGAUUUAUGCCAGUCCCUGGAACCUUCCCAGGAGCAGCAGGAUUCCAGCACAGAGGAGUUCAUCGUGAUCCUGGAAGAAGAGACAGAAGUGACCCUGGGCCUGGAAGAGGGCAUCCUCAUCCUGGCCCCAGAGACAGCCCUACAGCUGACCCUGGAUAACACGGUCCUUGUAAUUGUCCCUGAGCAGGACCUGAGGUCACCAGAUGGCCUGCAGUCCCCUGUGCAGAUCCAGUACAUCCUGCCCUCCGUUGAUGGCUUCACCUUGGAGUUCCAUGAUGAAGAUGGAGACGUCUCAGACAUGAGAAGAGAGAAUGUGCCUCUUUCGCCUGCAGAAGAGGGGGAGGCAGCACCCCUAUAUCAGCAGCCCUUGAUGAUACCCCCAGCAAACCACAUGGCUGGGAUCAGCCCUUUUCUCCCAGUAACCCCAUUGUGCAUUCCACGCCGUCUGACAGCCCUCCCCCAACGCUACCGUCUGCCACCCACACCUAGUCCAGUGCGACGCAUUAAACUGGACGACUACAUUUUCAGCCUGCAUGGUAUGGAGCUCUUGUGCACCUCCUCCCUCAGACCUAUGCCCCCUUCACCAAGUCCUGGCCCCCAGAUCUAUCACAGGAUUCACCAUAGGCCUCCUAGCAGAGCACGAAGAUGUCUCUUCAGGGAGUGAUUUAACCCAAGAAUCCCCCGUCGCAUUGACAGGUCAGAGAUUGUCA